AUGUCGCACUUCCCCUUCGCCUCAGGUCGCUCCUCCCCUUCCCCCCAGGUCGCACUUCCUCUUUCCCCCAGAUCGCAUUUCCCCUUUCCCUCAGGUCGCUCCACCCUUUCCCCCCAGGUCGCAGUUCCCCUUUCCCCCAGUUCGCACCUCCCCUUCCCCCCAGGUCGCACUUCCUCUUUCCCCCAGAUCGCAUUCGCACUUCCCCUUUCCCCUAAGUCGCACUUCCCCUUUCCCCCAGGUCGCACUUCCCCUUUCCACCAGGAGCUGCUUGGGGCGCUGUGGGUGGAUGGCGGUGGGCAGAGUCCCACAGCAGAGGCGGACGUGGUGGUGCUGCUGGAGUCUCUUCUGCAUUCCUCCCUUACCCUGCAUUCCUCCCUUCUGCCCUCCCUCACAUUCUUCAUUCUUCAGUCCCAUGUUCCUCCCGUCAUGCAUCCUUUCCUACAUUUGUUCCUCCCUUCAUCCAUCCCUCCCUUCGUCUGUUCCUCCCUUCCUCCCUACCUCCCUUCUUCCAUUCCUCCUUCCUUCUGUUCCUCCCUCUGUGUCUCUUUAUUUCUUCCUGCUCGCAGGAAGGGCGUUCAUGGACAGCCGUGGAGAGAGGGGAGCUUGCAUGUGGACAGGAUAGGAGCAAAGGGGAAUGGUGCGAAUAGGAAGGUGGGGGGUACAGCGGGGAAGCAGCGCGAGGGGAAGCGGGGAUGCAGCGUGAGAGGAAGCUGGGAAGCAGCGCGAGGGGAAGCGGGGAAGCUGUGUGAGGGGAAGCGGCGAGGCUGCGCGAGGGACGCGGAGAAGCAGUCGCGCGAGGGGAAGCGGGGAUGCAACGCGAGGGACGCGGAGAAGCAGCGCGAGGGGAAGCGGGGAUGCAACGCGAGGGACGCGGAGAAGCAGCGUGAGGGGAAGCGGGGAUGCAACGCGAGGGACGCGGAGAAGCAGCGCGAGGGGAAGCGGGGAUGCAACGCGAGGGACGCGGAGAAUCAGCGCGAGGGGAAGCGGGGAUGCAACGCGAGGGACGCGGAGAAGCAGCGCGAGGGGAAGCGGGGAUGCAACGCGAGGGACGCGGAGAAGCAGCGCGAGGGGAAGCGGGGAUGCAACGCGAGGGACGCGGAGAAGCAGCGCGAGGGGAAGCGGGGAUGCAAUGCGAGGGACGCGGAAAAGCAGCGCGGGGGGAAGCGGGGAUGCAGCGCGAGGGGAAGCGGGGAAGCUGUGUGA